GUGAAGAGAGUGUCUUUUGUCUUUGUAAGAAAAAACGUGACAUGUCAAUGAAGUCUGGUGCAUCAGCCGACAAUGUCUAUGUAUCUAAAUUGUGGUACUUAAAUUUGUUCGACUUUCUUGGUGAUCAAGACAUUCCCAGUGCAUCUAUGUCCAAUUUAGAGGAAGGAGAUGGGAGCGAGAUUGAGGAAGAGGACGUUGAUGAACCAGCUACAACACCGAGCAGAGAAACAUCAAUCAAUAGCGAGGUCCCUUCGCCUGUGGUCCCAAGACCCAACUCAGAUACACGUGCGGUAAGCCUACCUCCUUAUUCCCGACCUAAUUUGGCAAAAAAAAAGAAAAUUGAAGACUUGACAACUGGUGUCUUAGUCUCAGUCAGAGACCACUUUCAGAAACCAUCAUGCCAAGACGACAGAUAUGAUAUAAUGGGCAAAUCCAUUGCAAUGCGAAUUAGGGCCUUAGAAAAACGCCAGGGUUUGAUCGUAGAAAAAAGAAUCAACGACCUCCUUUUUGAGGCUGAAAUGAGUAUGUUUGACGUACCUAAUACUGGCUCGUACAACUACGAAUCUUUGACCAACACCCCUGGGUCAAGUAGGAGCACAACGAGUCCUCUAGCAGCUGUAUCUUAUGGCCAAUAUCCACAACAAACUUCACCAGCUGAAUUUGUUAGCAAUGACGUUAUUCCACCUCAUCAAUCAAUGGCAGAUUACUUAUCUAAUUAUGACAAAAAUCAAUAGUCUGUUUUGUUUUACCAAACAGUUCUUUUUUAUGUUCUACCCACUA